GGCUAAGUUAGCAUGCACAGCGUAUGUUUAGAUUACUUGUAAAGGCUAGAAUAUAAGCGGUUGAUCUGUGCAUAAGUCAUGUUUUCAUUGCUAUAGAAAUGAAUUGACAGUAUUGUUGUUCGGCAUCAUCUCUAACAUGUUAGCAAUCAGGCAAAGCAUAUUACAACUACUAUCGAUUUGCUAGCUGUAUAUGCUAGCUAUCCUGUCAGCCUAGCGUGAGCUUGAUGUCCACGACAUUCUCUCAGUUGUAACGUUUUAUGGAAAUUGAAAUUACUUCGUUUGUGGAGACGUUCAACUGCAUGUUUGCUUACUGGUAUGCCUCUAACGUAAAAUGUUAAGAAGGGGUUUAAAUCUGUCAGUGAUUGCACCCAUUGUGCCCAGCCUAGAAUGUAAACAAAUCCAAACUUGACAGUAUAAGCUUGCUACCUUAUGUUAGCAAGUCGUCAGUUGUGUGCUAGCCGUGCAAUAUGGUUGACGUUGGCAGACAUAACUAUUGGCGAUUGUAUGCAAUAUUUUUGAGUACCAUACUCUUUCAUCGUAAUAUGAAUAUGGAAAGUUUCACAAAUGUGUCAUAUUUAAAAAGCAUUACGGGAUUCACCCGCAAAUCAGUAAGUUGCACUGGAUGUCGGUCAAAUUGUUACUCGAGGGCGGGGUUGGUUCACAGCCUCUCGCUAGCUUUUUGUUAGGCCUGAAAGGAAGUUAAAAUGUUUUUUUUUCUCUUUUUUUUCUCUAGUGCUUGCAUUGCAGUUUAGCUCGUUUGUAUCUCACCGAUGAUAAUAUAUCGGUAGCACAUCAGACAAUCAGCUUGCUGCAAUGGAUCCCGAGCGACAGAAGAGAAAAGAGGAAAUUCAAAAAGCGCUGGGUUUUAUUCAGUCAUCAUUGCCUUUUCCUGAACCUGAGGGCUAUGAGGCAUUUUUGACCCAGCUGGUGUGCAAUCUCCUGGAUGAGGGAAAUGCAACAUUUAGGGAUGGGGAGUGGAGACAGGCUGCAGUGAACUACAGUGAGGGGGUCAAUGUGGCACGCUAUGCCCAGUCAGAGGCAUUGGUCAUUCCCCCUGAACUGUUGGAGAGCCUCUAUGUAAACCGGGCCGCCGCUCAUCAUCACACUGGAGACUACGAGCGUGGUGUGCAGGACUGCGACAGCGCGCUGUGCGUGUCUGAGGGCAGUCGCCGGGCGCUCUACCGCAAGGCAUUGUGCCUGCGUGAAAUGGGCCGCCUCCGUGAGGCAUAUGAGUGUGGCACAGGAUGCCUCCUCACUGCCCCGCAAGACAGACAAGUGAGCGAGCUAGCCCAGGAACUGGCCAAUAAACUGGGCUUGAAGAUCCGUAAGGCUUACGUAAGCCCACAGGUGGACUCGAGCAUGGCUGGGUCUGAAAGCAAUGGCGAUGGGACUCCUUCCCCCGGGGAGAUGUCCUCCAAUGGCCUGGAGUCUUUAAGUGAAAUGGGAUCAGACAGUGCUCAGUGCAUCCCUGCCCCGCUGGCCACGCCCAUCCCUGUGAGUGACGAUGCAGCCCCUUCCUCCCUGUCGCCCAGCAUGCCCCCCGAGACGCCCGAGAGCCCUGGGCAGGGCCUGGCGGGCAGCGUGCAAUUCUCGGUGCCCGUCUCCGAGCACAUGGGCGACUGCGGCGUCAUCAGUGAGGAUCUGGACAGCCUGCUGGACUGCCUCCCCAAGGGAUCUGAGGUCAGCUCGAACACUGUCCAGGGAGCCAUUCCCACCAACCUCCCGAACACGGCGGUGGCCCUGCGGUCUGCGUACCCCUCCAGUCUGCCGGCCCCUUCCCCCCAGCUGCCCGCCGCCUACUUCAGCUCGGCGGUCAGCCCGCUCUCCCCCCUGGAGCCGUUCGCCAUGCUGGGCCAGAGUGAGGCCUCCAGUCAGAGGCUGGACUCUCUGGGCUUCUCCACCGGAGCCGGAGCCACUGAUAUGGCAGGGAAGGGGGGCGUAGGGUCCCCCGAGUCUGGGGGUUUGGACUCACUGUCGGAGUACACCCUGCCUGGUGGCAGAAUCAAUCACAGUUUCAUCCCAGGACUGCGCAACCACAACUCGUCUCACACGAAUGGUCCCACUGCCACCAACCUCUCCCUGUUGUCCAGGAACCCUCUUGCUGCCACACAUGAGUUCAGACAGGCUUGCCAUGCCUGCUACAGCCGAAUAGGGCCCCGGGUGAUGGACUACAAGUACCAGCCGGAGGCGGCCCACCGCUGCAAGAGAGACGUGUUGCUAUGUCGCCUCAAAAACUCAGACGACCCCACUUGGAAGAGGGUGCGACCUCGGCCCGCCCGAAACAACUUCCUGGGCGCUUUUGUCCUCUGCAAAGAGGUGCAGGAGCGGCAGGAGUGCCAGUAUGGGGAGAACUGCACCUUCGCCUACUGCCAGGAGGAGAUCGACGUGUGGACGCAGGAGCGCAAGGGCGCGCUGAGCCGCGAGCUGCUCUUCGACCCGCUGGGCACCAACGAGCGACGGGCACUGAGCGUCACGCGCCUGCUGCAGCUGCACAUGGGCAUGUUCAUGUUCCUCUGUGAGGAAUGUUUUGACAGUAAGCCUCGCAUCAUUAGCAAGCGGAGCAAAGAGAAUCUGGCUGUCUGCUCCAACCUCACCGCCCGCCACCCUUUCGACGAUAAUAAGUGCCUGGUGCAUGUGGUGCGCUCUGCCAACGUGCGCUACAGUAAGGUGCGCCCGCUACACCCACUGUGCCAGUUUGACGUGUGCCGGCAUGAGGUGCGCUACGGCUGCCAGCGCGAGGACAGCUGCUCGUUUGCCCACUCCGUCAUCGAGCUGAAAUGCUGGGUACUGCAGCAGGACACGGGCAUUACCCAUGAGGAGAUGGUGCAGGAGUCCAAGAGGCACUGGCAGAGGCUGGAGCAGAAUGCACAAAGACAGAAGGUGGGGCUGUCAAGGCCCCAGCACAUCCCUCAGCAGCCAAGCGGCAGCAGUGCCUGCAACAGUGGUGGUGGAGGUGGUGUCGGGGGCAUGGGUGGAGGCGACGGUAUGCUGGGCGUAGGUGGGAUGGGAGGAGGAGGCAGCUGCGCCCGCGGCCGAGGUCUAAACCUUAAGAUGAAGUUUGUUUGCGGACAGUGCUGGAGGGAGGGCCAGGUCAACGAGCCUGACAAGCAGCUAAAGUAUUGCACAGCAAAGUCCAAGCACAGUUGGACCAAGGAGCGCAGGGUGCUGCUGGUGAAGUCCUUUGAGAAGAAGAAGUGGGUGGUGGUGCGGCCGUUGCCUUUCUCGCGCACCUACCCCCAGCAGUAUGACAUGUGUGUUCACGUCAUGAAGCAGAAGAAGUGUCACUACAUUGGGAACUGCUCCUUUGCUCACAGCCUGGAGGAGAGGGACGUGUGGACCUACAUGAAAAACAAUAGCUUGCGAGACAUGCAGCAGAUGUAUGAAAUGUGGCUGGCACUCACCAAACAGAACCGCAGCUCCGAUGGAACGCUCAUAACCCCACCCCCCGAAGAGAAACAGAUCACCAUGACAACAGAUUACGGCGAGUCAAUAGCAGGGCGUAGGUUGUCAGGCAGCGGUGACCUGUGACCCAGGCCAAAGUGAGGAGGAGCUGACCAAUGAGCAGUAAGAGAGGAUCAGGUUACCUGCAGCAGCAGCAGCAGCAGCAGCAGCAGCACCAGCCUGCCCCCCAACCCAUCCCCACCCUAAUCCACCCCAACAGCAGUUUGUAAGCCCCUCCCUCCCAACACCACCAUACAUUUGGAAAACCUCAGGAUCCCUCGCAUAUGAGAGGCAACACAACCGUCUGUAGGACCAAAUUGCACAAAAACACAGCAGUGCGUGCACACACACACACUCAUACUAACUCUCGCAACAUCCUCACACCCCACCGUUCCCACCCCUGCGGUUAAAAACACCUGCUUGGCAGCACUGCUCUGAGAUAAAUUAUAAAAGGUUGGCACGUUCGCCAGUGAUAUGUGGGGACAAUCUGAUAAUCAACCCCUCUCUUUUUGUGAAGAGGAAAUUAUGCCAGAAAUUAUCUUUUUGUUUUUCUUUUCUUCCUUUUUUUGUUUGAAUAUAAAUACUACUCUGGUUGUCUGCCAUAUUGGCAGAAGAGUAUGAAUGUAUUAGCCAGCCAAGGCCAUAAUAAGGAAGUUUAAAAAAUAUAAAAUAAAAAAAACCCUCAGACACAUUGAAAA